UGCUAUUUACUAUACUGUCUAUUCUGUUCAUUGAUGAGAACAAUUCGUUGUAAGAAUUUAUGAAAAGUUGAGAAAUUAAGUAUAAUAUAGAUACUUGUAUAAAUAACAAUUUAUGCGACGAAAAGUAAAUUGAUGGAACAGUGGUAUAAAGUACUAUAAGACUCACAAAAAGUACCAUCGGGAACCAAAAUUGAAGAAAAUGAAUCAGGCAAAUGUUGAGAAAUUGGUUUCUAGGUUAAGAUUCAACGUUAGAGGGAAGCCACGAAGGUUGAGCAAUCCAGACGGUCCAGAAGGAAGAUUACGGAGAAUUCGGAAAACAUUAACCGCUUUAGUGAAAUACGAGAGAAUUGAAUUAAACUACGAGAGGGCAGAUGAAACAAGAGGUUACGUCGAACGAUUGAUAUCUGAAGCACUUCGCCAUGGACCUGACAACAAAGAAACAAUGGAACUUGCAAACUUCUGGUUAAUAGAGAAACAAUUGGUUCAUAAACUUUUUAAAGUACUUGUACCAAGGUAUCUGAAUACUACAAGUUCCUAUACAACAUUGUAUAGCGCUCCAGCUGAUUUUUCUAUAUCUAUUUACAAAAGAGCUGUACUGGAAUUAAAAGGAAACAUUUAUCCCAGCUUAAACCAGUAUGAUCCGCAUCAGUCUAUUUUACUUCAGAACAUAUUACUUGAUGCAGCUAAAAAAGAAUUUCGAAUGAACAAGUACAAAGAAAUUGCAGAUAAUAUGAAUUCAUAGGUUUUAUGUAAACAUUUUAUUACCCAAUAAUAGAAA